AUGACUGAAAACGCUGUCGUUCAUGUCAAUGGGGAAGACAUUACGCAAAUGAUAGACAUGGAGGCUCAACAAGACGAUUCCAAUCAUCCUAGACGACUUCACAAGAUGGCUAAAACCCCCGUCACUUUGAAGUUCAAAGAUGUGGUGUACAAAGUUAGAUAUGUGGCCCAGAAAAAUGCAAUGCUAAGAAAGACACAUUCAUCAUCAGUACGAGAACGAGUGAUAUUAAACAAAGUUUCAGGUGUAGUCAAGCCAGGUGAAAUGCUAGCAAUGCUCGGCCCUUCAGGCAGUGGUAAAACCACCCUUUUAACAGCCUUAGGCGGUCGAUUAGCCGGAAUCCUCCAAGGAACCAUCAACUACAACGCCAAACCUUUCUCCAAUAAAAUGAAACGAAACACGGGUUUUGUUACUCAAGAUGAUGUUCUUCAUCCUCAUUUAACUGUCACAGAAACUCUUGUAUACACUGCCCUUUUAAGACUACCAAACACAUUUAGUAAAGAACAAAAGAUAGGUGUCGCAGAAGAAGUUAUAGUCCAAAUGGGUUUGAAUAGGUGCAAGAAUAACAUCAUUGGGGGCCCCCUUUUGAGAGGGGUAUCUGGUGGGGAAAGGAAAAGGGUUAGUAUUGGGCAGGAAAUGUUGAUUGACCCAAGUUUAUUGUUCCUUGAUGAGCCCACUUCAGGGUUGGAUUCAACUACUGCCCAAAGAAUUGUGUCCACUUUAUGGGAUUUGGCCCAAGAUGGAAGGACUGUUGUGAUGACUAUACACCAGCCUUCUAGUAGGCUAUUCUAUAUGUUUCAUAAGGUUUUGUUGUUAUCUGAUGGUAAUGCUUUGUAUUAUGGGAAAGGAUCACAUGUUAUUGAAUACUUUGAGAGUGUUGGAUUUGUCCCUAAUGCUCUUAUGAAUCCGGCUGAUUUUCUCCUCGACCUUGCUAAUGGAGUUUCCCCAGAUGAGUCAGAAGACCAAGUGACAGUCAAAGAGAAAUUAAUGAUGGCUUACAAGAAUAACAUAGCAAACAAAGUAACGGUGGAAUUGGAGGAAGAAGAGAUUGAGGUUGAAGAAAGUAAUGAGCAUACAAACAUAGGGGAAUGGCCAACCACUUGGUGGCAACAGUUUCUUAUUCUUCUUAAAAGAAGUCUAAAAGAGAGAAAGCAUGAAUCCUUUGACUUUCUAAAAAUAGCACAAAUUUUGAUAGUAGCUUUCCUAGUUGGGCUAUUAUGGUGGCAAUCCACCAUCUCUCACUUGCAAGACCAGAUUGGACUACUAUAUUUCUCAACAGGAUUUUGGGGUUUCUACCCAUUAUUUGAAGCAAUCUUCGCAUUCCCACCAGAACGUAUGGUAGUAGCAAAAGAAAGAUCAUCAGGAAUGUACAGAUUAUCCUCUUAUUUUGUAGCAAGAAUGGUGAGUGAUCUUCCAAUGGAGCUAAUCCUACCAAUUGUGUAUGUGAUCAUGACUUAUUUCAUGGGUGGCCUUAAACGCAACGCCGCAAGUUUCUUCUACUACUUAUUCACCCUUCUGUUGAGCAUCAGCGUGUCACAGGGUCUAGGCCUCGCGUUAGGGGCAGUCGUCAUGGACUUGAAGGCCGCGACUACCUUAGGAUCAGUGCUCAUGCUCACAUUCCUCUUAGCAGGAGGGUUUUAUGUUCAAAAUAUUCCUAGUUUUAUAAGGUGGAUUAAGUACAUUUCAAUUAUGAAUUAUAAUUUCAAGCUGCUUUUAGGGUCACAAUACAAGACAGGGGAAGUAUACCCUUGUGAUGGAGGGAAGGUGUGCUUUAUUGAGGAUUUUCCUGCUGUGAAAUCGGUAGGACUUACAGGUCAACUUGUUUCUGCUAUUGUUUUGGUAGUUAUGUUUGUUGUUUAUAGGCUUAUUGCUUAUUUUGCACUUAUGCGUAUUGGUGGAACGCCUAAGAUUAAGACUACUUAG